AUGUCAUCUUGUAUACGUAAAGUUUGUUUAUCAACAUAUUCUACUGAGUGCGGAACUUGCACUGCGCUCACUGCGCCUGCCAUAGCACCUCUAACUCUCCACUCUCAUAUCACACAUCAUGUGCUUGCACUCGCAUACACACCCAUGCGGACAGACAAACAGACAGACAUACCAAUACACCCAUACAUACAACAAAUACGCACGUGUAUAGACAUACAUAUACAUAUAAUAAAUACACCUACGCGAACAGACACAGACCGAAUACCGCCUGUUCUUAAUAGCCUGCGAAAUCGGUAUGUGAUUGAUGGGCGCAUUUUGGUUUACUACAAUCAGUGA